UCGUCAUUUGAGUAUAUCAAAAAGCUUGUUAUUGGUGCCUGAGGUGACCAAACCACAAUGACCUUCAAUAUGCCACUAAUUCCCCAGUAACCAUGACGGCAAAAAUGUGACAGUCAAAUUUAGUUGUCAAAAUUGUUAAACUACAAAAUGAAAUGGCUACAAGAGACAGCAAUGAAUUCAAGUAUGCACUGAGAGACAUCGCAGCUCAUGCACCCAAAUUGUCCAAUCCGUAUGACCGAGUACGUUGUUCAGAAUGGGCAAGAAAGUUGGCAAGCCUACCGGAUGACAACUUGGAGGCAUGUAAAGUAAAAAACGAGUACGCGCAGUUUUUAAGGAUACAAGUGCGCAACAACUUUUUACAUGGACCGUUUAUGUCGCCACCCCCGGAAACCGCCACGUUAUCGCCUCUUGCAGAAAACCUGGGGAAUAUGAUGUCACAACAGAUUCCAUACUUGCCAAGGACGGGACCGAUUGCUCCAAUGCUUCACCACGGAUCACCAGAUGGCAGGGCAUUCGUUUCGACUAAACAAAUCCCAGGAGGAGGAGUUCUAUGUUAUAUGGCCGUGAGCCCGGAAGGUUUUGAUUAACAAUCGGUCAUCUUUAAAUAAAUUUAUUGUUUACAA